GCAACAGGGGAUUGAUUGUGGAGAGGUGUGUUAGGUGUGUGCUCCAGUGACAGGGAAGAUACAUGUAGAAUGGUCUGCAUUAGGCACAGCAUCACUUCUGCUGCUAUCUGCUACCUGCCCCUCUCUUGCCUAGGUGGCUGAAGAGCUCUUUCCUCAAGCCAUAGCCAAGGUGAAUUGCAGAUCUUGGACAGUGGCACUGGGAGAAGCCAAAUCACAUAGGAGAUUGAAUACUCUCACCAAGCUGAUCAUGGAGAUAAAGGAGGAAAGGACUUGUGAUUCAGCCCAGGAUCUGAUUUCUCCAGCAGAAGGGGAGAAUGCUGUUGUAUCACAGUGUACAAAGAUUCAAAGAACUUUAACUGACCCGAAGCUUGAGUUCACUCUAGCCUGCAAGGAUUUACUGCCCGCUGCCCGUGAUGGAAAGCUAAGCACGUUUGUACAGACCUCGGUGGCACAUCCAACAGAGCCGACUCUAACCAGAUAUGCUAACACAGAAAUAGUGGAGGGAACAAGAGAUCCACUGUUUUUGACUGGCGUGACGUUUCCCUCGGAGUAUCCCAUCUACGAAGAAACUAAAAUAAAGCUCACGGUGUAUGAUGUCAAGGAUAAGUCUCAAGAAACUGUUCCUCCAGAAGCCAGUGAUCCAAGAACAAACAGUGGGAAAAGUUUCCUGGGCUGCAGCACAUUUAAAGUGAAGGAUCUGGUGAAAGCAAAGGAGCAACCAUUGUCUCUCAGCCUCAAGACCUUAAAUGGUGGAAAGAAAAUUGGCAGAAUUGAAGUGAGUCUGGUGAACAUGGGGGAGAUUCAGAAUGGGGAGGCGGAUCACAUCACAACAGAUGCACAAGGACAAAAGUGCGCCUUAGUGUGUGAGUGUUCUUCACCUGAAAUGUUCAGUGGAAGUGACAAUCUGCCCUUACUAACUGCAGUGUUAAAGAACCCCAUCUACAAGUUCUACAGAUUUCCUGCAUCUGACAACAAGUGGAUCUGUGUUCGGGAGCAGAUGUCAGAGAGCAUCAUGUCUUUUCAUAUCCCAAAGCAACUGCUUACCCUUUACUUAAAAGAAGACACCAGAAGAAUUGAGGAACUGAAGGAACUUGGGGACCUCUCUCCACACUGGGACAAUCUGCGGCAAAGUGUUAUAAAUCAUUAUGAAGAAAUGUUGGGUGACUACCAGGAAAGCCUUGCAGAGCUUGAAAAAUACACAGGGUCUUCCUUCAAAUCCAGCUGCACGAAAGGAGAAAAGAGUCUAGAAUUUGUUCCAAUUAAUCUCCAUUUACAAAGAAUGCGUGUUCACAGCCAAAAGUUAAAAGAUGCCCUGUAUGAUGUUAUCACCAUUGGUGCCCCAGCAGCACAUUCUCAGGGAUUUAAGAGCGGAGGUCUCAGGAGACUCCUUACUAGAUUCGAAGCAGAAAAACGAAACGCUGGGUACCAAUGUAUUUACUAUUCACCGGAGAACACGGCAAAGGCAAAAGAAAUUUUAAGCAACAUCAAUCACCUGCAACCUCUUAUAUCAAGCCAUACAGACCUCCUGCUUAAUUCAGCAAGACAGCGCUCUGCGGACAGCCUCAAAAACUCUUUAAAAGCACUCUCGGAAACGACAGAGUUGUUUGUUCAUUCAUUUAAAGACCCUUUGGUCAGCAGUGCUCUCUUGGCGCUCUACACGGCUCGGCCAGGCUGUGCAAACUUGAAGCUUACGGACCCGAGAAAUAGCCCGACUGAGAAUGAUAUGCAAGGUCAGGACAACACGCACCCAAUAAGCAGGCAAGACUCUAUUCCUCACCACUCUGAAUAUGAUGAGGAAGAAUGGGAUAGGGUGUGGGUCAACGUAGGGAAGAGUCUAAACUGCAUUAUUGCCAUGAUAGACAGACUACUUGAACAAGAAGAAAGCACAAAAGACAACAAACUAGACUCUUCAGAUGAAGAUCUCGUCACAUCGCACAUAAAUGAAGACUGGUAUGAACAGCUCUACCCUCUGAUAAUUACACUCAAAGACUGUGCAGCAGAAGUAGUGGAAAAGGCAAAGACAUCAAUGACUUUUGUUGUUCUUCAAGAACUGGCGUGCGGUUUGCCCCAAUGUUUGCGCCUCACCUUCAGAAGAGAUGUGGUUUUCAGCCAAGCACUUUCAGGAUUGAUUUGUGGAUUUAUAAUCAAGCUGCAUUCAAGUUUACACAAUCAGGGCUUUCUACAACAACUUCACACGGUGGGGUUACUAGUGCAAUACGAAGGUCUUCUGAGUACAUAUAGCGAGGAAGUGGGAAUGCUGGAAGACAUGGCUGUCGGCAUUUCAGAUUUGAGGCACGUAGUAUUUAAAAUAACUGAAGCAAAAUCGGAUGACUUUCUUCCUGUUGUGACUGGGAGACGGCAGCACUAUGAGGUUGAGGUCAAACUUCCUACCAAAAUGUUUGAGCUCCUUCCGCAAGAGAUAAAAGAUGGAAAAUUGCUAAGUGUUUACCCUGUGCUUUUUAAUGUAGGAAUUAAUGAGCAGCAAACAAUUGCAGAAAGGUUCGGUGACACCUCGUUGCAAGAAAGUAUAAACCAAGAGAACGUUGAACACUUGGAAGAGUAUUACAGACUGUGCACGGAUAAAACAUCUCCCGACUGUCCACAGCUGUUCCAGGAACAAGUUGAUCUAAAGGAGCUCCUUGAAAACCUUCACCAAAACACUCAUGCCAAAAAAAGGAAGAAUGUAGAAAUCAUGUGGAUUGCGGCUACUAUUUGCCGAAAGAUGAAUGGGGUUCGAUUUACCUGUUGCAAAAGUGCCAAGGACCGGACUUCUAUGUCAGUCACUUUGGAGCAGUGCUCUAUCUUAAGAGAUGAACAUGACCUCCACAAAGACUUCUACAUCCGGGCUCUUGACUGCAUGAGAAGAGAAGGAUGCCGCAUAGAGAAUGUGAUGAAGAAUAUCAAAUGCAGAAAGUAUGCUUUCAACAUGAUACAGCUGCUGACAUUCCCAAAGUACUACAGACCUCCAGAGGGGACAUAUGGAAAAGUUAACAAUUAAAUGCAUUUAAGAGAUCCUACUUGCACAUCAUAUCAUAUCAUUGAAAUGCACAGACUGAACAAGUUAGCUUAGUUUAACAUUCCUCAGGUAGAACCUACAGAUUCUAGGAUUUAUUGGAAGAGUUUUCACACAGAUUCACACAGAAUGGUGCUUUGUUAAGACCAUUAUAUCCCAAAACACCACUUAACAAAUGAUCACAUUAAUAUGCAAAUACCAGUAUUGUAGCAAAUGAAACUUGGUUAACUUCCAAAAUAUUUCAGUUUGUGUUUGAUACAAAAGUCAAGGAUAUUACAGAGGCAUCCAUGGAUAUUACUUAUUAUUCAUGACAAUAGACAAAUUUCUAAAGCUUGUACCUGCUUGUAACUAGUUCUCGCUGAGGAACCUGAACUUCGUCAACUUACUUAUUGGAUCUCAAACUUCAUGUUGUCCUUUGUGUCCAGUUUUUGUAGAUUAUUUUGAGAGAACAUAAUGACCAAGUAGCACACCAAAUAUAUAACUUGUACAUAAUUAUAUGCUAUUUAUUUGUAAAUGUUUUAGAGGUCCAGGCCAUACUCUCACUUGUUUUUUUUUUUGGUCAACAGCUGGAGGCAUUCUCUUGUACAGCAGACAUUGCCUUAUGGCUCAAUAUUGUAACUUACACCAAUAAACUAAAAUAAAACCUAUACAGUAGAUUUGGAUGUAUGUAGGUUUGUAAUGAGCAAUUAGUAUUUAUAAUGAGAGAGGCACACAUCUAAAUAUCCAGUAACUCUAUGUGUGUUACCAAAAACGUAAGCGAAAGUUGUUUGCAAAUUUUUUUUACUGUGUUUUAGAGUGGAUGUAGUGUUAAAUCCAGUGGAUUUUUUUAUUGCCUUUAUACCAUUGAAACAAAAUAGCCAGCUGGUUUACAGCUUAUAAAUAUGAAAGUAACUUCAGCUGGUAUUUGGAGUUAUCUUCACCACUUUUCAGAGUCUGGCUGUGUUUUUAUAUGUUUUGUUUUCUAGCCACAUGUGUUUUCUUGAUUUGUCAUUAACAGUGUCAGUACUCAGUACUCUUUCAUACCAUUUGCUUGUGUUCAUACACACACUACUUUUAUGUCAUAAGUAAAAUGUUUGAAUGUACCAUUCUGUUUUUGAGUGCUUUCAUUUUGGACAUCUUCUCUUCCAUAAAGCCAUUAUUCACUGUA